UUGUCACGCCCACCUUUAUCAGUAACAACAACAACAACGUGCAAAAGUCAGACACAGUUUUUCAUUUAUUCAGAGGUUCCGCCGAUAGAUGUAACGUGGGACUCGAAAGUCUACUGUCCUAGUCUUCCUAAUACGGAACAAUUCCAGGCCAAAUUGAAUAAAUAUACAGGUAUGGAUGUCUUGGAUCUAGCUCCAGUAUUGUGUGUGAUGGUAAAACCAAGGAAUGCAAAAUUAAUGAGGAACACUCUAACUUCGCUUGGUGUCAUUGACAAGACUAAGAAGACAAUAAAGUGUGGUGAUGAUGUGGCCAUACCUAUCCAGAGAGGCAAAACUUUUAAACACCUUGUUGAUAUCAGUACUGAUCAUCUUCAUGUUUCUGAUAAUCUCAUGAAAUGUGCAUGCAUAUCUUGCAGAAAAACAUUGAAGUCUCAUGAAUCUAGUGUACCAAGGACAUCAGCAACCCCUAUUAAACCAACAGAAACAUGCCAGUAUGGUCAGUCAAUGGAAGCUUGCCAAUGUCAUGAUGAUGUUCAACCAAUAGACACCUGUCACUGUGAUGAUGUUCAACCAAUAGAAUCCUGCCAAUGUGAUGAAGGCAGUUGCUCUGGAGUACUAGAUGGUAUUCCAUUUAACAUUUCGAUAAUUUCACAUAAGAACUUUAAGAAAAAGAUAUUUUCUCCUGUGCAGAGAUUGGAAGACGUUUUAUCAAAGAUCUUAGCCAAUCACAACAUAUCUCUCAAUGAAAAAAUUACAGGGGAAUUCCCUAAGAAUUGGGAAACACAUGGGGAUUUGGUUCUACUGCCAUCUCAAUGUCUUACUGGUGAUAUCUGGAAGGCGAUGACAGUGGAGGAUUGGCAGCAAGUGGCAGCAGCUGUUGGAGUGAAGCGUCUUGCACACAGUAUGGGUGCCAUUCAGAGAAAUGGAUUUAGAACUCCAAAUGUUAGGUUGUUACUAGGCAACAGUGGAUGGGUGGAACAUAUUGAUAAUGGUAUCAGGUACAGUUAUGAUGUCACCAAAUGUAUGUUUUCCUCAGGGAAUAUCACAGAAAAAAUCAGAGUAGCAAAGAUGGAGUGCAGUGGUGAGACAGUUGUGGACUUAUAUGCAGGCAUUGGAUACUUCACGCUGCCAUAUCUAGUGCACGCCAAUGCCGCAUUCUUGCAUGCCUGUGAAUGGAACCCACAUGCUGUUAAUGCCUUGAAAAGGAACUUGGUGUUGAACAAUGUUCAGGACAGGUGUGCUGUUUAUGAAGGAGACAAUAGGCAGAUUUGCCCUACCGGAGUUGCAGAUAGAGUCAACUUGGGUCUGAUCCCAACGUCAUCAGCAGGAUGGCCAGUCGCAUGUCAAGCACUAAAGAGCACAGGAGGUAUACUUCACAUCCAUGGAAAUGUAAGCAGCCCACUUUUUGGAGAUCAUUCUGAUUGUCACUUCGAUUCAAAUAGCAUGCUAGAGAACAGUGUGCCAACAUUGCUGUCUUGUGGCUUGGACAGUGAUGAAUUAGAAACACAGGAAAAUAAAGUGGAAAAUCAAAGUUCAGAUGUUCCAAAAUGCGAACAUUCUCAUAUGGUAAUAAAUAACAGAUGUUUGCGCCAAGAAGCAUGGAAGACUUGGUCACAUGAUGUUUCUCGACAAAUAAAUCAAAUGUGUGUUGAAAUCAAAGGUGGAGAUUGGUCAGCAAAUGUUUUGCACAUUGAAAAAGUGAAGUCGUAUGCGCCACAUAUCGACCACAUUGUUGUUAACGUAGAGUGUCGACCUUUGGUGUAAAAUGCCAGCUCGAUCGCGAAAUUAGGACACUUUAAUUUUUUUCCUUUCGUUGUAUAAACAGCACUGCUAUUUGGAAUAGACAAACGUUCAAAUAAAGAAAAUAAAUAUUGUCAGAAAGGACACGUUGUCUUGGUAAACUUUAAUCAUGAGUGUUUUGUACUUUUUUUUAUAAAAUAAUUUUUUCCCUGUGCUGAAUAUCGUUUAAAACUGCAACACAAUUAAAUGUACAUUACCAAUGAUAUAUAUUUCUAUAUCUAAUAAUGUUCUACUGAAAAAUUAAUGUUAAUUACAGUACUAUCAAUAUGGUUUUGUUAAUUAAAACAUUUCAUUUAAGUGGUAUUAUUCUAUGAAAUUGUAACUAGAUAUUGUAUUUGGUUUGGUCAGUUUUGGUUACUGAUUAGUCCCCUCCACCCUUGUCGCAUAAAAGAACAAAAGUACUACGCAAUGCUAAAAUACCCACAAAAAAUACUAAAAAAUACUGAAAAUUAGAUAAAAAUAUAAAAAAGUGAAGGCAUGGAAGGGUGUAUCUAUUGACAUUUAGGAAAGCUUGAACAGUUUCCAUAAGUACAGUAGCAAAUAUUAUGUAGGAACCACAAAUGACACUGUUGACAUUUUCCAAACAAAAUUACCAAAUAUCGAAGACACUGUU